CUGAGACAAACGUAAUUUGUACUUUUUUGGAGAGGAAAAUCUUUUUAAGCAACUCUCGUAAAAUUAGCCAAAGUUAUAAGAUUACGUCAGCGGGGCAGCUUCUUCCAAUUGGCUGUUGCUUGGAUAUAGUGCCUAAACACUAGCAAACGGCGAGGAGGAAGGCGAACGCGCUAACCUUGCAGAAAGUUUUGUUCAUAAAAAUGCCGAAAUAUCCCGAGGAGCCGAGAAACGUGAGUGUAACGUCACCGCCAGCUCGAGGUCACUGGGUGUGGAGUGAUGAAACUCGAACUGUGGAGUUUGUCAGUUCUAGUCCAACAGAGGAGGGUGUUUUGAGGAAAACGAGGCAAACCAAUGUACAUUUCAACAAUCUUCAACAGCGAGCAGAAUGGUUGGCUGAGAUCUUCACACUGAACAGUAGAGGGCGACAACGCAUUAGAAAGAGCCUGAGCCCUGCACAUUUGAAUGCUUAUAGGGCCUCAGUGAUGAAGAAGCGAGGGGACCGCAUCAGCAUUGAUGAUGUUAAACAGGUUGCAGUCAGUUUGCUACAGGAGAAUUACUCACUUCCCAUUCCAUUCUGCUUCUUGGCUGUAUUGAAGAGUAAAGCGCUUGAUGAAGUCCUGACUACCCUUCUCCUUUACCUGUCUUGUUUCUUUGAACACAAGUGUCUGGAGAAUACACCUAAGUCUUUAAUGGCUGUAGACAUCAUCACAGAGCACAAUAUAAUGCCAGAGGCUUUGGCCAAAAAGGAAAUGGCACAAAAGAAGCUGGCUGUCUGCUACUUCAGCCUAAUCAUGGACCUGGAGAUGCAACAGCAUCAACACACAUCCUUUCACAAGGGCUGGAUGUCGCCAAACAACACAGAAUGGCUGCUACAUGCGUGCUUGUACAGCUUCUUCUGUUAUGUGGCGUGGGUGACGUUUGGCAGGAAAGACCUGAGGGACAUCCAAGAGGAAGUGGGGCGUCUUUUGUACUCUGACACCUUCAACACGGCAGUGAGGGUCAGGACUGAUGGCGACUCAGGCAUGAACUUCACUACCGUUAAUGGUUCAGUGAAGACGGGAGAAGCUGACUCCAAGGUGACGGGAUGUAAUGGCACAUUCAAGCAUAGAAUGUCCCAGAGGCGUCCAGCCCUAAGCAGUAUACUUAAUCAGCGAUCCCCACUGAUGGUAUCUCUGCUGCCCUCGCCCAAAGAACGGUCACCCCAUCUGUUCCUCAGCAGCCGGGCCGGGAGGCCGAGCACGCUGCAGGCCGAGCACUGUGACACCAAGGCCCUGACGGAGGCGCUCAACCAGCAGCUGGCCAGUGUCAGCUUUGGGAUUCUUGGCAAGCCAUUGAGACAGUUCAGCCCCGGUACCCUGAUUCCCUAUGGUGAACAGAAAAAUAAGAAGGAUGAGGAUGAUGACCAUGAACCAGGAAGUGUCGUACAUACCAACACUGAGGAUAGUCGUGGCAUCCACGUUCGAGGUAGCAGGUCAUCCUUAAUGGGACCCAAGUCGACAGGCCUUGACAGAUAGGGCAGCCCCACCCACAUUAACACUAGAAACUCUGCAGCUACUGUUGAGGCAGUGACCUCAGAUACUGAAUGAUGUGUAUGUGUGAAAGUGGCAGAAUGUUUUAUAGGCGUGCAUUUUCAUUGGCAUAAUACAGGCAUUGCAUGUGUAUGGCCUUCCAAUCUCAUUCCUCAGCACAGCCCACAGGGUCAAAAACAGAGAGAAAGAUAGGAGCUGAGUUUUCAUUCUACCUUGCACAUGUGUGCCUCAUUUUCAGAAGCACCUCCUUGGGCAGUCAUCACACACACACACACACACACACACACACACACACACACACACACACACACACACACACAAACAAUAUUUUCUUCUGAAUUUAAAUCAGUUUCUUAUUUGUUAGCUGGUGAUGCUGUUUAAUAAAAUAUAAUGAAAUCCAUAACAACUUUGAUUGUCUGCACUUCCUAUAGAGUCUGAAAAACAUUCGUUUCUCAUAUGAAAAUGAAGGAAGUCCAGCAAAUUGCAUACAUAGCUCAUGUUGGGUAUAAUAUGUAUUUGGGAAAUGAAAUUAUAUAGUAUUCAAAAAGUUUUUUUGUCAUCCCGAUCAGUGUUCACCUUUUUAUAUUUCGAUUAUUGAAGGCCUCCUUUAAGACCAUCAUUCUCUGUCCUUGUGCUGCACCACAACAGGCUGACAAUAACAUCUAACACACACACAC